AUGUAAUAUAUGCCAGGAGGAGAUUUGAUGAAUGUAUUAAUAAAAAAGGAUAUUUUAUCUGAAAAUGAAGCAAAAUUUUAUAUAGCAGAAUUAGUAUUAGCAAUAGAAUCAGUUCAUAAAAUAAAUUACAUACAUAGAGACUUAAAACCAGAUAAUAUAUUAAUAGAUAUAGAUGGUCAUUUAAAGCUUUCCGAUUUCGGAUUAUGCAAAUAAACAGAAAUUAAACCAUAAAUAUUAUUUGGAAAAAAAGAUUUUAAAUUAGAUGAAUUAGAAGCUAUUAAAUCCAAUCCAAAUAUACUAUUAACCAAAAGGCCUAUAAAUUAUAAAAAGAAUAGACAUUUGGCUUUUUCAACUGUAGGUACUCCAGAUUAUAUAGCACCUGAGGUAUUUGGAUAAAAUGGGUAUACAGAAACUGUUGAUUGGUGGAGUUUAGGAAUUAUUUUAUUUGAAAUGUUAGUUGGGUAUCCUCCUUUUUAUAGCGAAGAUCCUCCAUUAACUUGUUAGAAAAUAAUAUAAUGGAAAAGAGUAUUUUAAAUUCCUACAGAAGCAAAUCUAUCAGUCCAAGCCGAAGAUUUAAUUAGAAAAUUAAUUUCAGAUUCCUCCGAAAGAUUAGGUAGAAAUGGGGCUAUGGAAAUUAAAGUACAUCCUUUUUUUGCAGGAAUAAAUUGGAAAAAAAUUAGAGAUAUGAAUCCUCCAUAUAUACCUGAGCUCAAAAAUAAAUACGAUAUAAGUAAUUUUGAUAAAUUUGAAGAUUAAGGUGAUCCAUGGGAAAAUCAUGAAAAAAAAAAGAUAAUGGAAAUAUUCAUAUUAACAGACAUUUUUUCGGAUAUGAAUACAAUAGAUAAAAUGAAGAAAGAUAAAGUCCUAUUCGAAUAGCUUUAGAUACUUUAUCAAAUACAAGAACUAAUUAAUCUCCUAAAAAUAUUGAUGAUGUUUCUAUUUUAUUUAUUUUUUAUUGAUUUUAUAUAAAAUUUUUAAAUAAUAUAAAUUAAGCAUUCAAGAUAAAAAAAUGUAUCACCAUUACCUUAAUAAAUAAAAAUAAGCAAUUCUAUAUUAAAUAAUAAAAGUAAAAUAUAAGAUGAAAGCGUUAAAGUAUAUGCAUAUAAAAAUAUGAAUUUUUAAUAAAAUAAUAAUAAUAAUUUUUUAUAAUAAUAAACAUCAUAAAGCCCAGGUAUAAAUAGUAAAUAAAACAAAACAAACAAAAAUUUAUAAUAAAUAAAUAUAAUAAUAAUAAUAAUAAUAAUAAUAAUAAUAAUAACAAUAAUAACAACUGUUUUAAUAAUAAUUUUAAUAAUAGUAAUAAUUAAAUUUUUAAAUUUUACAAAAAUAUAAUAAUUAAAAAUGGAAUUAAUCAUAUUUCUCCUAAAAACCUUUAAAUGCCUAAAUAUGGAUACAACUUUUUAGCUAAUAAAAAUAUGA